GGCACUUUGCGACCUCGACGCUCCUGAAGAGGGCACUAAGGUCUAUCAUGCAACUUUGAUAGAUCUCCCUUGUCUCACAUCCAACUUUCGUCUGCGACUCCGCGAUUCCUCUCGUUUCAACUCAAUCAGUCCAUUACUCUACGCUACUUGCUCUUCUAUAACUUUAAUUAAUUCGAUCAAUACCCGAUUUUAUCAUAACGAAUAUAUCAAAUAAAUACACAAACCGCCACCAUGUCGUACCUACUCUACUCAAUCUCCGUCUUCUCCCUGAUCCUGGGAACCGUCCUCUUCUUCACUCGCGCCCGCUGGCUUCCCCACCUCCAGCAAAUACGACCGCGACUCCCUGGCGCCAACUACCUCUACUCACAACUUCCCAACAGCUUCGCCGACGAUAUCGAGGCCGGUCUGUCGAGUAGCAACUUUGACCUGUCGGGCAACGUUGAGGCGGGCGACUCGCGCGCAGGACUCGACGAUGCGGCCAAGGCUGAGGUCCUGGCCAUCAUGAAGAAGAGGAGGAUGAACUUUGACCAGGCGAGGAAGGUGUACAUGGAGAACCGAUUCAAGGCCAACGGUAUUGGUGCCGACGGACGACCGAGGGAUCCCAAGUUUGUGAGCUUUUCAUAAGCGACGGAUAACUAUCAAAGGCCUAUUACCACGCACUUUGGUUUCUUUAUUACAAAAACGGCGGCGGCUGAACUCGACCACCACUCGAAUACAACACGUUGCUCGACUCUACCACUAUUACGACGAAAUGCGCCUUGUUCAGAGAUGAACAUGGCCUCACCUCUACGUUGGCACACCGGAUGCAGUUUUCCUAUACUUGUCAAUUUCUUUAUGUUUUAUCACUUGGGAUUUUAUUGGUUUCGGGAAGAGGGAUCAGCGGUUCUCUACCAGAGGCCCAGCAGUCACUUGAAAGUCUGCGAGGCGAGGAGUUUAAGAGGAAUUAUUAUUAUAACACCAGGUCGGAGCAGACCUUUUUCCCAAUCAGAUCUUGGACUUUUUUCUCUUUUUGGUUUUCUAGUCUCCGAGUAUCAAAUAUGCAAAUCAAUCAGUCGUC